AUGUUUCGCACUCAGGCUGAACAAACAGGGCGGUCACCGAAACUUGAUGCUCCGCCGUAUGACCCUUCUUUGUGGGAGGGAAAGGACUGUGCCUUUAUCACAACUUUGAGGGAUGUCUAUCAUAAACAAGAGCAGAUGGAGCGUCAGUUGCAAAUGGAAGCGUCUGUAUUUGGUGAGGCUGCUCUUCAAGUGCCCGCCGCCUCACAUACUCGGUUAACCACUAGGCCGUCUACGUGGUGGGGAAAACUCUUGGAUAGCCUCUUCCCGGGGUACUACGCACGACAGGCGCUAGCCAAUCUUGGCCUUGGCCAACUGAACAAUGAUGAGCUUGUGAACCGCAUGCAUUUUGCUCUUCAGGCCGGAGAUACCGAUAUCUCUGCCCUCAUUGCAAAAGAGCUGGCCCGACGUAGAGCGUGUCUGUAUGAGGAAGGGACUGGUAUGAGUAGCACCGGAAUAAAUACGCUCCCCACGGGAGUUAGUCUCAAUACAGAAUCCAGGACGCGGACUAAACUCAGUGGCGGCUUUGGUGGGCGUGUGAGUAGUGCUACGGUACUACGCAGCGGCACACGUCCCUCCACACAUUCUUCUUUUGCAGUGCCAGAAGUUUUGUUUCAAAUGCGUUUGCGUGGUGGUGACAGCAGUGAAAAUGUUCUGCGUUUUUAG